AAAGAAACAUGAUCGAGUCACCUUCAUUGAUGAGCGCUCCCGAAGCAUUUCAAGCAAAAGCAGAAGCAUUAAAGCGGGAAACCGAAAUUGAAGAACUUACUGAAGAGCAGAUCAAUAAAAUCUACUAUGAGGUUGUUGGUGGUCAUAUACGUGCUAGAGUAUAUGGAACAGGAUCUGGAGAAUCUUUGUUUUAUGGUAAUGAUGAUGGCGGGGCAACAUCCACUACAACAUCAUUAGAUCCGUCAUCUGCUGAAGUUCAUUCUCAAGUUCAGAAAUUGUUUGAGCAAGAAGCUGAACAAUUACGUAAAGUGGUGCGUGAAGAAAUGCGUGAACAAAUGAAACUUGAGAUGCGUGAAGAGAUGCGUGAACAAAUGCAACUUGAGAUGUGUGAAGAGGUUCAACGCCAGGUUCGGGAGUUCUUUAAAUCAUCAUCACAACCAGC